AUGGCUUGCCGCUGCACCAAGUCCCGCAUGCAACAACGCUCACUUCCAACCAUCCCUGUGCUGAUGCAGCUGUGCCUGCAGCCGCCUCCACAGGAAAGUGCUGGUGGCAGAGAGUCUGAUGAGGAUUUCGUUGGGAUCGUGGCAGCGCGCAUCGUCGAGGCAGCGCGCAGUCAGAGCUCGAUGGAUGUGGACGACGAGGAUGUCGGGCCCUCUUUGCAGAGUGUAGAAAAAGAGCCCAAUACGCAACCGAGUGGUGGGGCUGGUGGAUGCUGGUGGGACUGGGACUCCGACUGGAGUUCCCAGUGGGGCUGGAGGACCUCCCAGCAGGAGGAGGCCUCUUCCAGCCAGGCACCGAAGGGUGCCAAGGGGAGCGGAGCAGCCGAAGCUCCAGCUCGCCCGCGCCGCCCUCUCCGCACAGCAGCCCCAGGCGAAGACCGGGGCAGACCAGCCCAAAGGGCAGCCGAGCCCGAAAAGGGCAAAGGCAAAACCGGCCCGAGUGUGGGCCGCCCCGCCUCGGAGUCAGGGAGCCGAACCCCCCGUCGCGGGGAGAAGGGAGCGGGGAAACCCACCAAGGGCAAGCCUGCCAAGGGAGCUGCGCAGCCCGCAAAGGGCAAGGCAGCCCAAGCUAAGGGAGCAGAGCAGCCCGCAAAGGGCAAGCCAGCUCAAGCAGGCAAGUCCGGCAAGGGCAAGCCUGCGACCCAAGAGCCUGCACAAGGUUCUGGGAAAAAGAAGAACCACCGAGGUGGUCGUUCCGAAGCGGCCCGCGCCAACCGCGAGGCCCGCGGCGCUGAAAGGCGCGAAAGAGAGGGUACAGACCCGGUCGUCCUCGUAGAGGGCCCGGGGACUGAUAUCCCAGAGCCGCGCACCCCGGAGCAAGCUCCUCCAGGUGCCGGCCAGGAGAUUCAGAGCCCUAGCUCGGAAUCCUCCUUGGACACCGCGCCGGUGCCCAAGGUGCCAGUCUUCACAGGCCCCGCGCCACUCCAGACUUCGGGGGAAGAGGAGCCGGCAGAACGGGUUGCCCCGCCUGCCUCCGCAGAGGCGGCCGUAGAGCCAGCCGAGGAGGCAAAGCCUGCUGGGCAGGAGCAAGCAGCCCCGGUGAGCGGACCCACUGCGGCCGCCCCGGAGGCAGAGCCGGAGGCCAAGCCAAGAAGCGCUCCAGCAGCAAAGGCCCCAACGGUAAAGGCGCCGCGGCCUUGCCUUGGGCCACCGCCUCCGCUUAGGGAGGAACGCAAGGCCGCACAGCCAGGGCCAGCAGAGCCCGAGGCUGCGGUACCUCCCGCGCCUCGGGAGGAAGCUCCAGAGGAGGAGCAAGAGCCCACCUCACCAGGCAGCGGUGAGGAAGAGGGAGAGGAGUCCGAAGAGAGCUCCGAGGGCCAAGGGCCGUGCCAGUUCCUCAACGGACUGAGGCACGCAGCGCGCAACAGGCUAUCUUCGACGCUUCAAGAGAUGAGCCAGCAACCGGCUUAUCCGCCUCCGCAGGGCGACCCCGUGGUCGAGGCUGCGAUUGGUGAGCUGUCGGCCCAGAGACAACAGGGCCUAGCUGCAGCAGCCGCUACGGCGGCAGUCGCCACGGCGGCGCCCGCCCCUGCGUCGCAGGCGAGCGGUGGAGGGCACUUGCUCAAGAGCAUGUAUCCAGCUGAGCUGGAGGUGGCUCGAAAGUGCAAGGUGCCACUCCAAAUGGCAGCCAUGACCGAGGAAGUGCGGACCCUUAGCGUCCGCCUCUUCGGCAUGCUGGGCAGCUGGACCCAGGACUCCGCCACAGCUGUAAAGCUGGCGCGCGGAGUGAAGGGCCAGAAUGGGUUCGAGCUCUGGCGCCUCCUGUGGCAGGAGCACAACCCAGAAAACGAGUCCAAGAACUUCACCUGGAGGCGGACUUUGCUGAUGCCGAAAUUCCCGCCAAAGGAGAGCGACUUCUCCUUGGCUCUGCAGGAAUGGGAGGCAGACGUGGACCGCUACGCCUCCGAGUAUGGCGCAGGGCGCGCCCUAGCAGACGAGGAUCUGCGGGCAGUGCUGGUGACCGAGAGCCCCAACGCUCUUCGGCAACACCUCGCUAUGCACGCGGCGAGUCUUUCGACUUAUGCCGAGGUGAGGGAAGUAGUGGUGAGCUACUUGCAAGCCAAAAUCUGGACCCCGAGUGCGCGCUACGCCGCCUCUUCCCGAAGGGACCCUAACGCCAUGGACAUUGGCAGAAUAGGGGACCGAGACGGAAAAGAAGGGAAGGGGAAAGGCGACAAAGGCAAGAAAGGGGACAAAGACCACAAGAAGGGCAAGGGCGACCACGACAACAAGGGCCAGAAAGGGGACAAAAAGGGGAACCAGCAAGGAAGCAGAGACGGCAAAGACAGAUGCCCCAUCUGCUGGAAAACGGGGGAAAAGGCAAAAGGCAAAGGCAACAAGGGUCAGGUGGCCCAAGUGGCCGACGACGCGGCCACGACGUUGUCAACAGCCUCCUUGGCGACUGCGGGUCCCUCCGCGUCCCAAGCUGGGGGAAGCACCGGCGGCUCUGGCGGCAAAGGCCAGGUACGCCAGGUGCGCGACGACCGCAUCCUAGGUGUGCGGUUUGCCCCGCCUCACGACACCGAGCCAGAGGAGGACAAAAUCCUGAAGGUGUCGGGGAGUCUUCUCGUGGACUCCGGGGCGUGUGUGUCCGUGUGCAGGCCCGAGGCGUUUCCCGACCUGCAGCCCGCGGGCCCACCAAAGAGCCUUUACUCGGUGGACAACAGCCGCCUGAAAACAAAGGGCCGUGUCCAGCCGAGCCUCCUCUUAGGGGAGGAGCGCCAGUCCUGCAAGGUCAACUUUGAGGUGACCGAGGACAUAGAGGACGAAAUCCUCAGCAUCAGCCGUGCUGUUGAGGCCGGUGCGGGCAUUUGGCUCCACCGAGGACAGCCACAUUUUGUGGCCCGACGGCGUCCGAGCCUCGAUCCUCAAGAGAGGGUCACAGUUCCUCCUACCCUACGAGCGGGAGCUCCCGCCGGGGUCAACAAACCGGGUGGCACCGGUGGCGCCAGAGCCACCGAGCCCAGGCAAGGACCUGGAACACUACGACUACAUCCCGGAGCACGACCUCGAGAGGUGGAGGACGCGGCGAUGGAAGCAGCAGCCGACGAAGAGGCCGAAGCUGCUGAAGAGGAGGAGGCUGCGGGUAACCCCGCCCCUCUCGAGGAGCAGGCCGAGCAGCCUGACUCAAGGCCACGCGGCCUAAGGGCACCGCGCAACCCCACGGCGCAGGAACGCGCCGAGCACGAGCUCACUCACACGCCCUACCAGGCGUGGUGCGAGAAGUGCGUGGAGGGAAAGGCGCGCGAGGACCCACACCGCCGCCGCGAGCCCUCAGAUGAUCCGGAAGAGGCGUCGCUUGCCACGGUGCUGAACCUCACAGACAGGGCCACUGGCUGGACUCUGUCAGUUCCCGUGGCGCACAAAGGGCACAGACACGCGGCUUACGCCGCGGGGCUUGUGGAGCAGUUUGUGGAUCGGCUGGGGUACGACAAGUUUACCCUACAGGCCGACCAGGAGAAUGCCAUAGUUCGCACUUGGCUCUCGCAGCUAAGAGCGGACUACCCCGCCUUAGAGUGGGACACUUCGUCCAACUUGUUCCCGUGGCUUGUCAGGCACGUGGCCUGGCUGCAAGCCCGGUUCGGGACCAAGUCGACAGACGGGGUGACACCAUAUCGGGCAGCCACUGGCACCGACUAUGGUGGAGCACUAAUUUGCUCCUUUGGAGAGACCGUUCUAGCGAAGCUCCCAAGGCCCGGGAACAAAGCGCAAGUGCGCUGGGUCAAAGGGGUCUGGGCCGGCAAGCUGGAGCGCGACGACUCCCACGUGGUGCUAACCGAAGCUGGCGCACUCAACGUGAGGAGCGUCAGGCGACUUCCGCCGGAAACCCGGCACCAGACGGCAGCCGUCCUCAAAGCGUGCGGCCUGCCUUGGAACCCCAGAUUUGGCCGCGCAGCGCCAGCAGAGCGCAGCGAGCCGAUGAUGGUGCCAAUCCCUCUGGCCAUGCCGGCCGAGGAAGUGGAGCGGCUAGAACCGCCCGGUGAGCGCUGGCUCUUCAGCGACGGGCCGCGGCCUGACGACGAGGCCCUCUUAGUCGAAGGGGCCGAGCAGGCCAGCAGGCUCCCGGACGCUAGCCACAGCGAGGAGCUAGCCAACGCAGACAUACCGGACUACGAGCCGUCCUGCCGCAGCAAGCGCGCCGCCGCAACCAGCGCGACGGCUCAGGCGAAGGGGGGCAGAAGCGUGUGGCAGCACAUCGCUGCCUUAGCCGACCCGCCGCUCACCCCACCAAGGCGAGCGGGACGCGUGGGCGCUUUCACGCCUGUGCUGCGGUCUGAAGUACCGCGCGGGGCGCAGCUGUUCAGGGCAAAGUGGGUCGAUAAGUGCGACAAAGGAAGGUACAAGUCAAGGUGUACCUGUGCCGACGUUAAGGCCCGCUACAGCCCAGAACAGGAAGCUGGCUUGGACGUUUUCGUCCCAACGCCAACGCCCGAGAGUCACUCCCUACUUGAGGUAGCAGCGCUACACAACGAAGGGUGGGUCACAAGGUCUCUGGAUAUUGCGGCCGCCUUCCUCAUAGGGAAGGACCGCGGUGCGGCGGAAGGCCGCCCGGUCUACAUGCACGUGCCUGUGGAGUGGCGCGAGCUCUUUGACCAAUGGGUCUUGGAGCAGCCUGCGAAGGACCAGCAGUGGUACCGAGACCACUUCCGGGACUUCGUGUUCCGUGUGGACGGCAACCUCUACGGCCGAAGAACGGCUGGGUCCGUCUACAGGGACGAGCUGGAAGAGGUCCUGACUGGCAAGCUCAGCAAGGACUACGACUUCCAGCGGGGCGUGAAGGACCCGUGCGUGUUCCUAGACCGCCGGUCCGGCCUGAUCCUUCUCCACCAUAUCGACGACAUCCCUGUCGCAGGCCCCAAGGCUGCAGUGCUGAAGUUCACGGAGGUGGACCUUCCAGCGCACUGUGAGAUAACGGUGGGAGAACUGGAGGAGCCGGGCACAGCGGUGGAGGUCCUGGGAAAGACCAAGGUGCGCACAGAGGACUCUAUCCUCACGCUGCCCGACAGCAAGCACGCAGAGAAUGUGUGCGAACAGCUGGGCAUCGGUCCAAAAGACAAGGGGACCGUGCCUAGCAGACCUCUAGACCUGACCAAGGUCGAGGAGCUCUCUGCGGGUGACGCCGCGAAGUUCCGCAGCGCCGUGGGUAGUGCUAUCUACCUGUCGGCAGACAGGCGAGACAUACAGUUCGCCGUGAAAGAGCUGGCGCGAAGAAUGCAGAACCCCAGGGUCUGCGACUGGCUCGCUGCGGAAACCCUCGCGCGAUACCUGCGGGCAACCCCGCGGUUUGGAAGAGUGGUUGUGCUGGACCCCGCGUCCAAGAGCACAGCCCUUCUGAACUUGGAGGUCUACUCAGACUCCGACUGGGCGGGGUGCCCAGAAACGAGAAGGAGCACAGACAACAUAGUUGCCUGUCUCGGGGGAGCAGUCAUCCAGACAAGCUGCCAGACACAGCCCGGCCUCCCAGCAACCUCCAGCGGAGACGCGGAGAUCCGGGGAGUGUCGCGAGCAGCAAGGGAGGCCGUCUUCCUACGAGAGCUUGCGGAGAAAGACUUCGCCCUGGCCUGCGGUGUGCCGCGGCUCUGGGCCGACUCCGUGCGGCAAUCCCUGCCCUCCAUGGGCAUGGUGGACCUCGAUGCGGUCGCAGGCGCCACCGAGGCUCUGGCCCAAAAGGGCACGAUCAAGUCGAUCCAGGCAAGCCCCUGGAAAAUGUGCAGACGUGACAGGCAGGAGCCGGAGCCCGAGGAUGAGAUCGAGCACCACGCCGAGCGUGCCGAAGAGCCGCCGCGUGCGCAGCAACGAGGAGGUGAGCAGAAGAAGAGGGGGCUCAAGAGCCAGAGCCUGAGGGCGAGCGGACCCCAGGUCCGCCCCCUGCGGCAGACGCUCCACCACCACCGCCGCCCGCAGCACCAAGGGCGCAGGUGUAGGGGACCGGAACUCUCCGGGGACGACGAGCAUCUCUAUGAGACGGCCCGUGGUGACAAGAUCCACUUGUUCACCAACUGCAAUGGGCUGAGCUCCGUCCCGCCGGAUCAAGUCCUGAUUGGCUUUCGCUGCCACUGCGGCCACUGCGCAGCAGAUCCUCAGAACUCCGAGUUCCUCUGGACCGGGCUCGCUUUUCAGGUGGCCACCGGCCGCGUCGUGCGCCGGUACCAUGGCCAACAGCGAGGUUGCCCAUUCAUGGAAGGGGCAACAAUCAGACACAGGGUGUGUCUCCACUGCCGCAACGGGCACCAGAGCACCAAGCCCGGCAGUGCGGUGAACAACUCCCGCCAGCGGGUGCCUCCACCCUAA